ACGCCGCCGCCAGAAUCUCUCUCUCUCUCUCUGUGGCUGGUAGUGGUAGGCGCGGCCGCCCCCUGGCUGCUGCCUGCUCCCACUCGCGGCGAGCCGGCGACCACUCCGCGGCGGCGGCGCCCCAAAUCCGCAGCCACAGGCCCUCCCCAGUGAGGCGAGCGGGCGACCGCUCCAGUGAGGGUUCUUGUCCUGCGUGGUCCUUACUUAUUCCAACCCAUCCAUCCUUGGUUCCGUUGGGUUCUUCUUCUUCAGCACUAGUUGGCACACAGGGCUUGUUGCUGCUCAAGAAAGGUGCGGGGCGCAGCUUGUUUUCCAGAAAUUUUGGGGGAUCGAGCGAACCCCCGCGCCGCAAGCCAACCCCGCCCCAGCCAUGGCGUCUGCUGCUUGCAGUAUCAGGGGCCCUCUCAAACUCGCUGCAACGCGCGGCUCCGGUGUGUAUUACUCGUGCAACGGCUACAGGUCUUGGGUGUCUUACCCCGUUGCUCAGGGGUGGAGCAGCAAUUGCUCUUCGGUUGCGACGCGGCAUGUCGCAUCCCAUUGUCACCUGACUCUUCGGGCUUCAGCAAGGUGGCGGUCCAACCUGAAAGCUUCAGCAACCGAUGCGGGCAUUGUUUCUGACGAGAAGAUAACUGUACUCGUCAUUGGUGGUGGAGGCAGGGAGCAUGCUCUUUGUUACGCCUUGAACCGUUCCCCGUCUUGCAGUGCAGUUCUAUGCGCCCCUGGUAAUGUGGGUAUUGCUCAGUCCGCGGACGCAACCUGUAUUCCAGACUUGGACAUCUCCAGUAGCGAUGAUGUUAUCUCGUUCUGUCGCAAGAGGGGAGUGGGAAUGGUUGUAGUGGGUCCUGAAGCACCCCUUGUCGCGGGUCUUGCCAAUGACCUUGUCAAAGUUGGGAUACCAACCUUUGGCCCUUCCUCAGAGGCCGCAGCACUAGAAGGAUCCAAGGACUUCAUGAAGAAGUUGUGUGAUAAGUACAAUAUCCCGACAGCCAAGUAUCGAACAUUUACGGAUGCUGUGGAAGCUAAAAAAUAUGUCAAACAUGAAGGAGCCCCUAUUGUUGUUAAAGCUGAUGGACUGGCUGCUGGAAAGGGUGUGGUUGUUGCUAUGACUUUGGAUGAGGCAUUCGAAGCCAUAGACUCUAUGUUGGUUGAAGGCUCAUUUGGUUCUGCCGGUUCACAGGUUAUCAUUGAAGAGUUUCUGGAGGGUGAAGAAGCCUCUUUCUUUGCAUUGGUAGAUGGUGAAAAUGCAUUGCCUCUUGAAUCAGCACAGGAUCACAAAAGAGUUGGUGAUGGUGAUGUUGGCCCAAAUACUGGCGGUAUGGGUGCGUACUCUCCUGCACCAAUAGUUACAGAUGAGCUCAAGCGCAUAGUCAUGGAAAGUAUAAUUAUCCCUACUGUUAAAGGUAUGGCAGCAGAAGGGUGCAAGUUUGUUGGUGUACUAUAUGCUGGGCUUAUGAUCGAGAAGAAAUCUGGGCUGCCUAAGCUUAUUGAGUAUAAUGUGAGAUUUGGUGACCCAGAAUGCCAGGUUCUGAUGAUGCGAUUGGAAUCUGAUUUAGCACAGGUUCUGUUAUCUGCUUGCCGGGGAGAGUUAGGGAAUGUUUCACUAACCUGGUCACCUGAAAUGGCAAUGGUGGUUGUCAUGGCUAGCCAGGGAUAUCCUGGCUCUUAUAUGAAGGGGACUGUAAUAAAAAACCUCGACAAGGCUGAGCAAGUCUCUCCAGCUGUCAAGAUAUUCCAUGCUGGGACAGCACUAGAUGGAGAUGGCAAUCUUGUCGCUGUUGGAGGCCGAGUUCUUGGUGUCACUGCCAAGGGCAAGGACAUUGAAGAAGCAAGGGAAAGGGCAUAUGAUGCAGUAGACGCUGUCGAUUGGCCAGAAGGAUUCUUCAGGCGUGACAUAGGCUGGAGAGCACUGAGACACAAGGAAGCGGUUAACUACUCAUGAGAUUUUCAUAGAGAACCACAACUACGCCGAGCUUGUACUGUUAUGAGUAAUAAAAAGGGAAACAGUGUAACCCUCACUGCUUUUUGGUUGUGGGAAGAUAAAGAUCUGCUGGUGAAAACAGCAGCAUGAUCAAAUUUUAACAAGUGCUUAUAGCAGCAUGAUUUGGUAGAUGUUUGAACUGAUGUUGUGUUCCGUGCCCAGACAAACACUUGAGUGAAAACAGCACCAUCUGAGUUCUGACCAUUUUUUUUUCUUCCUCAA